UCAACCUAGAUCGUAGCGGUGGGUUUUUUUUCGACGCACGAAUUGAACACGGAAACGUGGAAAUGGGCUGCUCCAACAGUAGGCAAGACUUAUCUAAAGACGACCUUUAUCAUGCCUUUCGCGAGUUUGAUCGUAACCAUGACGGUUUUAUAUCCAUUGACGAACUGAGACGAACAAUGAAGAAGCUGGGAGAAAAAAUCACAGAGGACGAACUGCGUGAAAUGAUGAGAGAAGCAGACCAAGAUGGCGACGGAAGAGUGAAUUACAGAGAAUUCGUAAAAAUAAUACGAGCAGAAGAUAUUCUAGAUAACCAUACAGUGGAUAAUGGUCCUGCCGAUCUCAUGGAGGUUUUUCAGGAUAUUGACGUUGACGGGAACGGAUAUAUUACAGCGGACGAGUUACGCGGGGCUUUGGCGAAAGUGCCCGACACUUACACGGAAACUGACAUUGAACAGAUGAUGGAAGAGGCUGACAUUGACGGAGACGGCCAGGUCAAUUACAUGGAAUUUUUGAGAGUCACACGGAAACAUUGA